GCGGUCUGCAGGGUUCUCAACUCUGCCGCCCUCUUUCUUUCGCUCGCUCCCUCCCUCCCAGCGCGGCCGCCUGGAAUGAAGAUGGUGGCGAGUGUCCGGGUGCAGAAGCUGGUCCGCCGGUACAAGCUGGCGAUCGCCACGGCGCUGGCCAUCCUGCUCAUCCAGGGCCUGGUGGUGUGGAGCUUCAGCAGCUUGGAGGAGGACGACCAGGGGGAGAAGGGACUGCAGAAGAAGGCUCAGAUACUUGGAAAUGGGGAAGGAUCAAGGGAUUCAGACAGCUCAGCCGGCCGACGGGGAAGCCUGAGCCGAAAGCACGGACGAUGGAAGAGUCACCCAGACAAUCCAGGUGUCUUGGUGGCCAAGGUGGUGCGAGCUGUCACGGUGAAGCACAAGCCUGGGCGUAGGAUUCCAGUCUACCUGGAUUCCUCAAGCCAGAGGAACCUGACAGAGCUCAGAGGGGAUGCCCAGCUGGCAGUGUUCCAACAUGGGGACACAGGAAGUGUGGAAGGGGCACCACAGCCCACCGAGAACAACUUCAUUCCCAAGUGUGAGAUCGCAGGCAAGGAUGCACUGUCUGCAUUAGCCAGAGCCAGCAGUAAGCAGUGUCAGCAGGAGAUUGCUAAUGUGGUGUGCCUGCACCAAGCAGGAAAUCUAAUGCCACACUCUCUGCCCCGGCAGUGCCAGUUCUCAGGGAAAGUCAGCCCUGUGAUCCAGUGGGAUGAGAGCAGGAUGCUCCAGGUCUCAGUGACCAAGCCAGUCCGGAUUGCAUACAUGUUGGUGGUUCAUGGGCGAGCCAUCCGCCAGCUGAAGCGACUCAUCAAGGCAGUGUACCAUCAGCAACAUUUCUUCUACAUCCAUGUUGACAAGCGCUCCACUUACCUACACCGUGAAGUGUUGGAGGUGGCCCAGCAUUAUUCCAACAUACGGGUCACCCCUUGGAAUAUGGUCACCAUCUGGGGUGGGGCUAGCCUGCUGAAGAUGUACCUGCGCAGCAUGAAAGAUCUGCUAGAGAUGAUGGACUGGCCUUGGGACUAUUUCAUCAACUUGAGUGCCACAGACUACCCUACAAGGACCAAUGAGGAGCUGGUGACAUUCUUGUCGAAAUACCGAGACAAGAACUUCCUGAAGUCUCACGGCCGAGAUAACGCCAGGUUCAUCAAGAAGCAGGGACUAGACAGACUUUUCCACGAAUGUGACUCACAUAUGUGGCGGCUGGGUGAACGGCAGAUCCCCGAGGGAAUUGUGGUGGAUGGUGGCUCUGAUUGGUUUGCCCUCACUCGCAGUUUCGUGGAAUACGCGAUCUACACCACCGACAAACUGGUCUCCCAGCUGCGGCAGUUCUACACUUACACGCUUCUCCCAGCAGAGAGUGUGGCUUUUCUUCUUUCAGAAUGUGGAAGUAUUUGCAGCACACUCAGCACCCACAGACCUGCACUUUAUAUUAUGUCCUUUUUCCAUACCGUCCUGGAGAAUAGCCAUGCCUGUGAUACCCUGGUAGACAACAACCUCCGGGUAACCAACUGGAACCGCAAGCUGGGCUGUAAGUGCCAGUAUAAGCACAUUGUGGACUGGUGCGGCUGCUCACCAAAUGACUUCAAGCCACAGGACUUCUUGCGACUACAGCAACUCUCCAGACCCACCUUCUUUGCCAGGAAGUUUGAAUCAACCAUCAAUCAGGAGGUGCUGGAGAUCUUGGACUCCCAUCUCUAUGGUAACUACCCAUCUAACAUGCCAGCCCUCAAGGCCUAUUGGGAGAGUGUCUAUGAUCGCGUGGAUGGGCUGAGUGGGCUCAGCGACGUCACCCUGACUGUGUACACAUCCUUCUCCAGGCUGGGGCUUCAGAAAGUGGCAUCUACGCAGGCACAGAAAGAUGAAAGACUUUGCAGAUUUGAGCCACAGGGCUUCCCAUCCAGUGUGCAUCUGUAUUUCUAUGAUGACCAUUUCCAGGGUUACUUGGUGACUCAGGAGGUGGAGAACUCUGUAACACAGCAGACGGAGUCUCUAGAGAUGUGGAUAAUGCCCCGAGGGACUCUCAAACUAGCAGGUCAUGGGAGGCAGACUAAUCGUCUACAGAAUCUGGAGGUCGGGACCGAGUGGGAUCCCAAGGAGAGGAUCUUCCGCAACUUUGGUGGUCUGAUUGGGCCUUUUGAUGAGCCAGUGGCUAUGCAGAAAUGGUCACGGGGCCCCAACCUCACAGCCACUGUGGUUUGGAUUGAUCCCACCUACAUCAUUGCUACAUCGUACGAUAUCACUGUCGACGCAGAGGCAGAGUUCACACAGUACAAGCCACCCCUGAAUCGGCCCCUUCGCCCUGGUGUGUGGACCAUCCGUCUCCUCCAGUUCUGGGAACCCCUGGGAGAGAGCCAGUUCUUGGUGGUCCCACAGACCUUCAAUCGCAAACAGCCUCUCAGGAAUGAUGACGGCAGAUGGCUGCACUCCGGUCCUCCCCGCAACGAGUACAUGGAGCAGAAUUUCCAGGGCCUGGCUGGAAUCUUGAGCCUGCCACGAUUGGACGAAACAGAGCGAGCCGCCUAUCAGCACACACCGCUGGCGGGCAAGGCUCUAGAGAACUGGACAGACAGCAGCAUCAGCAGUUUCUGGUCGGUAGCUGGCCUCUGCGUGGCAAGCCCUUCCAGUUGCUCCACCCUGGAGCUGUGUAGCAAAACCUCAUGGAGUUCACUGUCCCCAGACCCCAAAUCAGAACUGGGAGCCAUCAAGCCUGAUGGGCGACUGAGGUAGCAGGGGCAGCCAGCAGCACAUUGCUGGGAGCAAGGAAGCAUCCGCACAGCAGGUGGGCGUACGUUCCCCUGCCCAUGCAAACACACACACGGGGAAAACUCUAAAUGACAUCAUCCCGUGAUUAUGCACUUGGGCAAUGCAAGAGUGGACUCCCAAAAGACAGCUCUCUCAUUUGUCUGUGGUGCACAGAUGAUGUAAAGAUGGAGGUCCCACCCACCAUUCUCAGGAUUGGCCAGCGAGAACAUGUGGAUGGGAGGAGCUUAUCAGUUCACAAGUCCAAGCAGUGGAAACUUUGAUCUGGCAGGUGAGCUGCCAGGCUCCAACACGCUCUUCCCAACCAUGGAUGAUGACCUACAAAAUCAGGACUCUUUGUUCCCAAAUGGUUGCUGGCAGAGGAUUCUGGGAAAUGGGGGAGGGUAGGUGGGGAAUGCAGGCGGUCAGGCUGCCAUUUGCUGGGUCUGUGUCCUCUGAGCAGCUGGUGCUGGCUUGGCAUUCAUUUCCCAUCUUCCUGCCCCGUCCUUUUAGUUUGUAUUUUUCUAAAUAAAUGUUAUGUGUAUGUAUAAAUCAAAGUGCAAUAGAAACCACAGUCAUUUCCACACCCCCUCCCCUACCCAAGGGAGGAUUUCGAUAUCUCCAUUUUCUUUUUUUAUACUGUAACAUCCCUUGUUGUCCUUGGUGAUUCUGCAGGCAUGUGAAGAGGUGGAAUACUUAUCCCAAUGGUACUCACUGCUUGGCUCUUGCGAAAGACAAUUAGAUGAGAGAGGGAGACUCUCACUUUUUGUCCGUCCCAAGGUCGCUCCCUCCGCUCCUCACAUACAUACCUAGAUGCUGGGGGGAAUCAGGUCUCUCCAGCUGCUGUGUCAAGGCUCCCCAAUAACAGAGCUGCCAAAUCUUUGUAUCUGUUCAAGCUCCUUUGACAAUGUCUCAAAACCCACCUGGUUCUUCCUCGUUUUGUUAGCCUGAAACCUGACUGGUACUGUAUUUGGUGGCCUCUCGCAGUGCUCGGUCCUGGCUGUGCCUGUCCUGUCCAAUGGGUAGUGGGGAAUGUCUGUAGCUAAGCACUAUGUUCCACUACUUUCAGGAUGAAUUCUCUUGCCACUGGGUUGCCAAGGUCUCUCUGCACCUGCCAUUGUUGCCACAUUAAAUAGUCAACCCUGACUUCCCCAUCCCCUACUUUCCCUCAGUCUGCUGGCUGUGCUUUGGUUUUCAUUUUUUACAUUGUUAAAUAAGUCAUAAUUCGUGUGUUCUCUAUCCCCCUACCCCAUACCAGCUCUAAAGCUGAAUGCUUUCCAUGCAGAAACAGUGUUUUUGUCUACUGGCAUUGUCCCUGUUCUGUGUUUAAUGUUGUCCAGUGUAUAAUCAUAUGAUCUUUCAUGUGCAUCCCAGUUGCUGAGUGAACCACCCCCCCCCCCAGUUGAACUGGGGACAGCAGUGUCUGGGGGGCAUUGUCUUUUUGCUAACAGUGGUUAUGAAACAAAAGUGUUAAGAGAAAAGAGACUCCCCUGGGGCAACUCCCCCCCCCCACUACAUGUGCCAUAUCGAAUUUCAAAGUGAAUACUUCGAAGACUACUUGACAUGAAGAUGAAUUGUUGUUGCUGCCUCUGCAAAGGAGAUUAGAAAAUGGCUCUUUAUUUUCAAUUGAGCUUGGGCCUCAGGUUCAGAGUUCCGAUGUAGACCUGGCAAGAUUUUAAGAAUGUUUGGAUCUCAGGGCUUGGACUGACCCUUUCAUGAGAAAGGGCUUGCCUGCAUUUCCUCAAAACGUGAGUGUUUUCUAGGUCAGACAUUUAGAUCAUAAACAAUCUCUGGCCUUUGCUUCAAGAUGGCUUGGGUGGUGCUAACAUUUUUAAGUGAUUGGUGAUCUUUUGGAAUGGAGUUUGACAGAUCCAUAACUCCUAUAUGAAGAAAAAGAAGAAGAUUGGUUCUUUGACAUGAUCUCUGCAUAGGACCAAAGCCCCUUCCCACCGGAUACUACCCCCUGUUUUCAAUAAUAGCACGGAAUGAAGGGUGUUUUGCCCCGCCUUUAGAAAGUGGACUCUUGAUACGUGUUCUGUGUUCUGAUCCAGGGGCAGUACUAGGCAGGGCAUAAAACCUGUUCCAAAGAAUGAGUGCUGAAAGCUUUGUGUCAGAAGCAUUAUGUAAAGUUGUCUGAAAUAUGCAACACAAAUAUAUCUAUAUCUCUACAGUG